UUCAUCCCCUUAGAACCGUAGAGUAGUUAAAGGAUCAUGCGUAGAUGCGGUAAUCUUUGAAUCACAAUGUACUCUUACUUGCACACAUAGGACGAGAAUCAAUAGCAUUGUAGGUAAAAGUAUACAAUGAACAAUUAUAUAUGUGGAAAUACGCAUAAAAAUGGUAGAUAUUGAUUUAUAUCAGUCAAACAUAAAUAUGUCAUCUGCUUUUAUUGUUUUAACCCAUCAUUAUGCUGCGUUCACGUCCAUAUGUUUAUCCGUAAACAUAUAACACUACGAAUAUAUAUAAUUUUUCAGGUAUAAUAUUCCCUUUUCAGUGUGUAAUAGAUAAAAUAUAUUUUUAUAUGCUGUGUAUAUCUUUAUUGCACACUUAAUAAAAGUGUAUAAAAGAAAUAAUGUAAAAAAAAAGGAUUAUAAAUUCAAUAUGUUUGGAGCUUAAACUGAAAAUGGAUGUUCAUAAUAUUGGAAUUGUAGCUGUUUUGGGAAUAAUUGGGGCUGCGACAGGAGCUACUUCGGCAGUACUUGUUUAUUUAACUUGUAUCAGACACAGACGAUCUCUUAACUGGUUUGAAAAGGAUUUAUUGAAUAGAGCCGAAGAAGCAACCCAAUUAUCGAAGGAUGUGUUUAUUGGCUUAGGAUCUAAUGUUUCUCUAAAUUAUGAAAACAAAGAAAAUGAAAUUCAUUCUGAUGAUGAAGAAUGGAAAUCAAAUUAUGUACUUGAUAUGCUUGAUAGUAUUACAAAAGAUUCACCCAAAAGAGUUCUACAGUAUCUAUCAGAAUCUGAAGAUGUUUCAUCGCCUAUUAGCACUUUUGCACCACCAUUACCAGAAGGAACAGUGGCUGCUUCUGAAAAGCGUAUGAUUAUUGUCAAAUCAUCAAAAAAUACAAAUAAUUCAUGUUCAAGGCUUGAUAGUAGUGAAAAUGAAAUGUCUUCCCACAAGCUAUCCUCUUCUACAUCAACAUCAUCAUCCGAUGAAGCCAGAGGUGAAUUAGAAUUUGGUUUAAUUUAUGAUGCAAGUGCUGGUAUUCUUACUGUUAGACUUAUCGAGGCAUAUGAUCUACAUCCUCGAGAACUAAGUGGCAGUGCAGAUCCUUACGCAAAAGUUCGUUUGUUACCUGAUUGGAACAAUAUAUGGCAAACAAGAAUACAUAGACGAACCCUAAAACCUGUAUUCGAUGAGGAUUUUGUGUUUGAAAUUAUACCAGAUUCAACGUUAGUUGAAAAGACGUUGGAUAUUUUACUUUACGACUUUGAUGCCUUCUCUAGGCAUCACUGUUUGGGUUAUGUACGACUUCCUUUAUCUUCAGUAAUUGAUCUCUUGGAUACAACUCUUACAGUUAUAAGAAAACCAAUUCUUCAAUAUGGUAUUGAUAACGAAUUGAAAAUACCAUCUCUAGGAGAAUUAAUGGUGUCUCUCUCGUAUCAACCAGCUGUAGAAAGAUUAACAGUUAUUGUUGUCAGAGCAAAAAAUUUACCUAGUCUUAAUGACUCAACAAAUGCAAACCUUUAUGUAAAAGUGAAGAUAAUUCAUGAUGGUAAAAGUAUUAAGAAAAAGAAAUCUAACAUACAACGUGAAACACUUAGUCCUGUAUGGAACGAUAUUUUAAGCUUUGAUAUUGACAAUAAUACAUUGUCCAAAUGCAUACUUGAAUUUAUUAUUUUACGAGCAAAUGGCGAGCUGUUGGCUAAGUGCGAAGUAUCCGACAAGUACCAAAAGGAGCUAUUUUAUCGUGUAUUAUCAGGAAAAGGUGCUUCUGCACAAUGGUUACCACUUACUGAACCAGAAAUCUGUUAUAGUGAUUUUAUUGAACAGAAAUAUUAAUAAUUUUCAAACAAACCGUCCUUCUUAAAUAUAAGUUUAAUUAUAUACCUCAACCACUUUAUUUAAUAAGUACAUAUAUUUAUGUACGAUACAAAUUUAUUUGGAAAGUUUCUAUCUGAUCGUAAAGCACAAACAUUAUUAAUUAUAUGCACAAUUCAGUGUAAGUUUUAUUUAACCACAAAGGUCAAGAAUUAUGACUACUAACAUAAACUUUUUUUUCUAUUAAAUUUAAAAUAAAAAUAUACAGAUACGUGACACAUUUUCGUGUUAAAACACCUUAUUUACAAAGAUAUACAAAAUAAAUUGCUUGAUUAUAUAAUUAUGUAAUCAGUAAGCCUUAAUUAUUCAAAUUACGCUAUCCAAACUAAAAAGAAUUGAAAAAUAAAAUCUGCAUAACAUUCAAGUGCUUAAAUUCUCUUUUUGAAAAUUAUAUAUUCUGAUAUUAAGCACCUACAAGAAUAAUAGUGUAUUAACUAAGUACUGCGGAUUCUUUAUUUUGAGACACUUAUUAAAGUAAUGCCGUUAUGAUUUUUUUUUACAAUUAAAAUAAUCAUUAUUUUCAACAAACUCUUCCCAUUUCUUCAACAACAGAUGGAUGAAAAAUACAAGUUUCCUGAAGACGAAUUAAUUACAGUCUUAACUUCAUACUUGAUAAAAAUUUUUUAAGUCUGUAUCUUCAAACAGUGUUCCUAUUUUAAUUUAGAUAUAGUUUCGGUGAUAGUUGUAAUGAUCUAAUCUACUAUUACCAUGUCAUACGAUAAUUUUCAAUCGUUUUGUUUACUGACAUUUUGUUCAUUAAUUCUUCAAUUUAAAUCAAUCAAAGUUUUUACAAUUUCCGUCUUAUCAUAUAUGUAUGUGUAAAUACUGGUAGUAAAGAAUUAUAAUUAUUGAGUCAAUAUAUAAUUUAUGUAGUACAGAAUACUCAUUUGUAAAAAAUACAUUUUACAAUUUCAAACUAUGUUAUGAAUGUAACUAUAAUUUAUGAAUAGAAUUUAAUUGAUAGAGCAGAAGUUAUUAUUAUACACUAUUUAAAAAUUGAAAUAAAUAUUUUAUAUAAAGUUAAAAAUGCAAAAACUUAAAUGAGUGAAGUAUACAAUGUUUACGAUUAAAUUGCAGUAAUAAUAAAAUAUACUAAAACUCCAUAAAUGUACAUAAAUAAACAUCUCUAUUAAACAAUUAUAGAAGUGUAGUAUAUUAAUAUUAGAUUUAUGAAACUCAGUUUAACAGAUUUCAGACUCCAAUAAUAUUGAUUAACAAUUUAUGUAAUUAUAAAUAUAAUAUUAGGUUGUUGAGUAAAUUCUAUCUGCCUUCUCGUUCAUAUAAAUAAUCUGUCCCUCUUAUUGCUUCUAUGAAUCUAUAAUAUAAACAGUUUUAUUAGGGCCUGAGGAAAACUGGUCUAAGAUAUUUGCGUUAAUUUUUAAAUCUGAAAUUUACAAUUCAAAUAUUUUAAGACAUCUCCACGCUAACGCAAGAGUACAUGUGGCUAUGGCAACACAAAAAAAAUAUCGUAAUUAAAAUGGUAACUUAUUCCACACCCACCAUAUUCCCCAGAUCUGACACCAACAAAUUUUCUUCUCUUCCGAACCUUUCAAUAUAAAUUAACCUUAUUAUCCUCAUAACAAUAAAUUUUCAAAUUUUUAUAAAAAAUGAAUAGCCCAACUACCAUAGAGAUGGGAAAUUGUCAUAAAUAGUGAUGAAAAAUAUAUGAUUAGAGGUAAGCACAAGAUGUUUCCAAAAAUUUAUAGACGAUAUUGAAAUGAACAGAAAUUAUGCAGCACUCUAAUAGCAUACCUAUUUUUUUAUUAAACAAUGUACAAUUUAAACUUAUGAAUCUAGUGUAAAGAUAAAGAAGUAUUUCCUCUACUGUCAAUGUCUAUUUUUAUUAUUAUUACUUAAGCAUAAUUUAAAAGCUCAUUUAUAAUUCUUCAACAAUGAUUUUCUUUCUAUGAAAGAAAAAUAUAUCUAAUUUUGUUUUACUAAGUAGCAAAAAAGAUUGUAUGGCUUAUUU